AUGACCUCCGACUUCUCUCUCCCUCUCUCUCUCUCUCUCUCUCUAUCUCUCUCUCUAUCUCCCUCUCUCUUCUUUCCCCUCUCGUCCUUUCCCGUCCCUUUUACUCCUUUCCACACUCAGUCAAUAUCUUUCUACCUGUCAAUAAAUAUCUUCUUCCUCGCCCUCUUGUUCACAUUUAGGCUGGCUGGAAACAGGCUAACGAAGAUGUUAAACAUUUCUUUCAUCCCUUCUUUCUUUCUUUCUUUCUUUCUUUCUUUCUUUCUUUCUUUCUUUCUUUCUUUCUUUCUUUCUUUCUUUUUCUCACCGAAACCAAAUCAUUGCAAAAUAUCUCUCUCUCUCUCUCUCUCUCUCUCUCUCUCUCUCUCUCUCUCUCUCUCUCUCUCUCUCAAAUUCUUGAGUUUUUUUUUUCCUGGGUUUUAUGUUCCCUCACCCAGAAUUCUUUCUUGCUCUCUCUCUCUCUCCCUCCCUCUCUCUCUCUCCCCCUCUCUCUCUCUCUCCCCCCCUCUCUCCCCCCUCCCUCUCUCCCCCUCUCUCUCUCUCCCCCCCCCUCUCUCUCCCCUCUCCUCUCCCCUCCCUCUCUCUCUCCCCCCUCUCCCUCUCUCUCUGCGUUAA